UAUCCCUUUCUACACUAUCACAUUUCUCUCACCUCCAAUGACGUCUCCUGCCCUGUCUCUCCUGCAACAAAAACUUGUGGUCGUGCCGCAAUACCGCUCUGCAUCGCGAUCGGUGUCUGUGGCCACUCGGUGUUUCGGAACCUUCCAAGGUUCUGCUGCUUCGCUGAGGCUCUACUGACCACUAAGUCCAGGCUGUCCAUCAUUCCACAUCUCCACUUUCUCGAGCCUGACUUUUAGAGGCUAGGCUAAAGUCGCCUGGCCUCCGUCCGGAUGCUCUGAAUGAAUGCUUCUUAUUAUUCGGACGAGGACGGGCUUCACAAGUCACCUUUGCUUGAAGCAGUCAGAGUCAAAGCUAUCCCAUCCCCGUCACCACCACCCCCUUUCCCCAUCCUCAACCCUUAUAUUUGUCCGGUGACUGAGCAUACCGAUUCAACACGACAUAGCCAUCGUGCAUCAUCACCUGGUCAGGCCGACCAAGUAUUGCUGGGGUUUAUGAGUCCUGACCACCCGGACAUUGCUCGAACUGCUGCGACUGAGGUGCUCGAUUCAGCAUCACAACCUGAAAACGACGCAUCCAAGCAACAACGACAUGGCCAGCAGCGGCGCAAUCGACACUCUACAGAUGGUCCGAAAAUCGAUCCAGGCUCGUCUGAUCUUGUGAGUGUUGCACAGAAAGCUAUCGCCCAAGCCUCGGUCAAGCGCUCCGAGAUUCCUGCUCUCCAACUAGACAUGAGGCGUGUCUCGGAUCCACAAUCUCCAACUUCUCCAAUUCCAAUGAGUCGAGCUCGGAACGACUCCGAGAUCGGCAACCUGAUCAGUGGUGUUGCCAUGGUAAACACAUGUAACGAGCAGAGGAUGUCUCCGCCUUGGAAAGGGCACUUCUCCCCCGGUCGCUCACCAACAGAUGGGAGGAUGCUUCAUGACGGCGAGCGACAUGAUUCUACAAUGUCUUCAAGACUGCGAUCCUUAUCCAUCCCUCAAGCGAUAGAUUACGCCAACACGCUCCCGCCAUUCCAGCUGCCACAAUCUCCCACCCCCAGCAUCAACAGCCCCGAAGCCAGAAACCCAUCCCUGCCAAGCUUCCGGCAACUUAGCGAUAUCGCGGAAGCAGCUGCAAGGAACAAGGACGCCGAUGCAUUCGUUCAGUUCCUCAACCAGCAGCGUGCAUCCAUCUCUUCACCCUCCGGCGGAGCGGGCCAGUCACCAACGAGUGCCAGAAGAACCUUCAGCAUCAGCUCCCAAGUCUCUCCCACCUCUACUUGGCUUCCUUCGAUCAGCAGCCAUACAUCGCCCAGCACGAUGCAGGGCGAUUUCUCCCCACGCGAUCCUUUCAGUCAGGGUCCACAGAUCACGUUGAAUACUACGACUCGGCGCCCGUCACACCCAUCCGACACCAGCAAUCUAUACCUCCUCUCCUCGAGCUCUGAAAGCUUCAGUCCCACCUCACAGCCAUCACCAAAUGACAACCUGCAGCGACUGAGCAUGGACGGAAUGAGACCUAUACUACCCCCGCCACACACGCAGGGCCAGCAGCAACCUACAAGCCUGCACUCGCUGCCGUCGUUGGGACUUGGUGGAGCCUUCAACUGCGAGUUUCCCGGCUGCACCGCGCCACCUUUCCAGACUCAGUAUCUUCUGAACUCUCACGCCAACGUCCAUUCGCAAAGCCGGCCGCACUACUGCCCCGUGCCAAGCUGUCCACGAGCAGAGGGCGGCAAGGGCUUCAAGCGGAAGAACGAAAUGAUCCGUCACGGCCUCGUGCACGACAGUCCUGGCUAUGUAUGCCCGUUCUGUCCCGACCGUGAGCACAAAUACCCUCGGCCAGACAACCUGCAGAGGUAAGAAAAGUUCUUUUCUCGUUAUCGUUCGUCGUCGUCGACUGUGCGUGCAUUAACGCUGACUGCAUUCCCCACCUGUGUAGACACGUGAGGGUGCAUCACAUCGACAAGGACAAAGACGAUCCCCAGCUGCGCGACGUGCUGGCGCAGCGGCCCGAAGGCGGCAGUCGCGGCCGCCGUCGACGUGUG